GACAGCUGCUCUCAGAUGGCGCUUACAGGGUUAAAAAUCGGGGCGCCCAGACUAGGAAGAACUCGGUUUCCAGGGUAACGGCUCCGACAGUUCCGGCAGCGCAGGCUCGUACCAUUGCGCGGGCGCGCGCGGGGGGAGCGCGGCGGGAGGGGACGCGCGAAGGAGCAGUCGGGCAGAGGGGUCCGGCCCGGACUCUACCAAACGCCCGGCCCGCCUGCUAGCCCCGGGCCCGGCGCCGAGCCGCGCUCCGGCCGCGCCGGCCGCGGCGUCCUCCGUGCCCGGGCCGGCAGCUCCCAACUGGCCGCGGACGGCGGGGGGAGAAGGAACGUGCGCCCGGUGGCCCGGAUUGGCCUCCAGGUCCCCCCGCCUGGGCGGCGGAGUGCGGGCGGCCCGGGCUGGGAGGUUUGAAAAGCGGGCGAGAGACAAAGGCAGCAGGAAGCCUCCUCGGCGCCCGGAGCCCGUGCUCGCAGCCCCCGGGGCCCCCCGGCCGGCCCGCCGGCCCGGAGCAGCAGCAGCGGCGGCCGGCGGCGGCAGUAGCAGGAGGCAGAGGAUGCGGCAGGGGGCGUGGGAGCGGCAGCGGAGCGGGCGGAGCGGCGCGGCCCGAGCGCGGCGUGGUUAGACCCGAGGCGGCGGAGGCGGCGGAGGCGGCGGCCCGGCCGGGCUCGGGAGUGAGUGAGAGGGCGCCUUCCCCGCCCGGGAUGUGAGGACCGAGCGGAGCCCGGGGCGGGGGGAGGGAAGGGAAGGGAGGCGAAGCCGGCAGGAAGGAAGGAAGGACGGACGGACCAGGAGGAGGAGCGGCGGCGGCGGCCGGAGCCGGAAGGCGGGGAGGGGCCGUCCGUUGGGCCCGAGGCGGCGGCGGCGGCAGCGGCUGGGGCGAACCGCUCUUGUCGCCUCUCGGGACAGGAGCGGCGGGGCCCGCGCCUCCUCCCCCCCGGCGCCGCGGAGGGGGGAGGAGGAAGAUGGAGACCCACAUCUCGUGCUUGUUUCCCGAGCUGCUGGCCAUGAUCUUCGGCUACCUGGACGUCCGGGAUAAGGGGCGCGCGGCGCAGGUGUGCACGGCCUGGCGGGACGCCGCCUACCACAAGUCGGUGUGGCGGGGGGUGGAGGCCAAGCUGCACCUGCGCCGGGCCAACCCGUCGCUGUUCCCCAGCCUGCAGGCCCGGGGUAUCCGCCGUGUGCAGAUCCUGAGCCUCCGCCGCAGCCUCAGCUACGUGAUCCAGGGCAUGGCCAACAUCGAGAGUCUCAACCUAAGCGGCUGCUACAACCUCACUGACAACGGGCUGGGCCACGCGUUUGUGCAGGAGAUCGGCUCCCUGCGUGCCCUCAACCUGAGCCUCUGCAAGCAGAUCACCGACAGCAGCCUGGGCCGCAUAGCCCAGUACCUCAAGGGCUUGGAGGUGCUGGAGCUGGGGGGUUGCAGCAACAUCACCAACACCGGCCUUCUGCUCAUCGCCUGGGGCCUGCAGCGCCUCAAGAGCCUUAAUCUCCGCAGCUGCCGCCACCUCUCGGACGUGGGCAUCGGGCACCUGGCCGGCAUGACGCGCAGCGCGGCAGAGGGCUGCCUGGGCCUGGAGCAGCUCACGCUGCAGGACUGCCAGAAGCUCACCGACCUUUCUCUAAAGCACAUCUCCCGGGGGCUGACUGGCCUGAGGCUUCUCAACCUCAGCUUCUGCGGGGGCAUCUCAGACGCGGGCCUCCUGCACCUGUCGCACAUGGGCAGCCUCCGCAGCCUUAACCUGCGCUCCUGCGAUAACAUCAGCGACACGGGCAUCAUGCAUCUGGCCAUGGGCAGCCUGCGCCUCUCAGGGCUGGAUGUGUCCUUCUGUGACAAGGUGGGGGACCAGAGCCUGGCUUACAUAGCCCAGGGCCUGGACGGCCUCAAGUCCCUGUCCCUCUGCUCCUGCCACAUCAGCGAUGAUGGCAUCAACCGCAUGGUGCGGCAGAUGCACGGGCUGCGCACGCUCAACAUCGGACAGUGUGUGCGCAUCACAGACAAGGGCCUAGAGCUGAUCGCGGAGCACCUGAGCCAGCUCACCGGCAUAGACCUGUAUGGCUGUACCCGGAUCACCAAGCGCGGCCUGGAGCGCAUCACGCAGCUGCCCUGCCUCAAGGUACUCAACCUGGGACUCUGGCAGAUGACGGACAGUGAGAAGGUCAGGUGAGGGCGGCGGCACCUGCUCCCCCUGUCCCGCCCUGUUUAUCCUCGGGUCACCACCACGCCCCCGCCCCCCUCACUCGACAUGCACACUUACACAGAGAUCAUUGCAGCGGAUGAGAUGGGGGCAGGGACACGAAGCCUCAGGCUCAUUUUCUCCCUCCUCGGGCACCUCGGCCCACUACACGCCCAUUCCCAUUGCAUCUGGGGUUCCUCUGCUACCCCUACCUUCCUCCCCUCUUGUUUCCCCUGACGAUGAAGGGACGGAUUCAGCUACUUACCCACUCCUCUCUGCAGGGGGAUGGAGGACUGUUUGAGCUACUGUAUCCCCACUGCUUUGCAUUUGGAAACGGGGGAGGGGGUGGGGAGUGACUAGUCCUUAAGACCCUGGGGAGUUGAGGAAAAUGUCUGCCUUCACUUAAGCUUUCAUUUGAAUACUGUGAUCUGGUUUUUAUUUUGAAAUGUAUAAAGAGCAAACCCAACUACCACGGCCUUUUCACCCUUCUUCCUUCCACUUUGUAACUAAUCCCAGGCUCUUCUCAUCACUUCUACAGUACUCUGCUAUUCACGCUCAUUUCCUUUUAAUUGUCUUUCUUUUUCGUGUUUUUGUUUUUUGAAGAAAUUUGAAAUCACGGUCCUUUUUUUUUCUG